GUUUUCUGAAAAAAAUCCUCCGCAGCAAAACGCGCAACGAUGGAGUCGGCUCGAGCGCGCUUCUCGUACGCGUCGACCCACGCCAGCUCGUGGGUUUCGCUCGCACGCACUGCCGAGCAUGUCAUUGUUGCUGCCGUCGUGGUCAAGGUCGCGCACCACGUCUACUCUGUUGGUCUCAAGAAGAGCAUCGGCAAGCUUCUCGUUGGCCUCGUGCGCGCAGUUCCCGGCGGCAGUUCGACCCUCGACGCGACUCUUGAACAGGAGGUCGAUAGCGCAGCCAAACUGCUGACCAAAGCUCAUCGCUUUGAUUCCCUGCCGACAACCGGCCUGUCUCGCGAGGUCGUGCUGAGCAAGCUGGCCGACCUCAAGCGCGCCGACAUUGACUCGCACGCUGGCAAAUCGUGGGCCUACGUGUACUCGCAACCGGACAACACCUUUGACGACUUUCUGGCCGACGCCAGCAACCUCUUCAUGCACGAGAACGCACUCAACCCGAUGGCCUUCCCUGCCUUGCGUAAAAUGGAAAAUGACAUUGUUCGAAUCUCGGCCACCCUGCUCGGCGGUGACGCUCGUGCGUGCGGCACCAUGACCUCGGGCGGCACAGAAAGCAUCCUCAUGGCUGUCAAGGCCCACCGCGACCGCGCCCUCAAGCUCCGAAACGUCACCGAACCCAACAUGGUCAUUCCCAUCACUGCGCACCCCGCGUUCGAAAAGGCUGGCCAUUAUUUCGGCGUCCAAAUUCGCCACGCCCCCGUCACCAACGAGCUCGAAGAUCCUCGUGUGAGCGUUCCUGCCAUGGCCAAACUGAUUGAUCGCAACACCAUCAUGCUGCUCGGCUCGGCGCCCCAGUACCCCCACGGCGUUAUCGACGACAUCCCUGCGCUCGGCGCGCUUGCUCUCGCGCGCAACAUUCCGCUCCACGUCGAUGCGUGCGUUGGCGGCUUUAUCCUUCCUUUCAUCCGCAAGUUCCGCCCCGAUCUCCCUCGCUUUGACUUUUCCGUUCCCGGAGUCGCCUCAAUGUCUGCCGAUCUGCACAAGUAUGGAUUUUCUUCCAAGGGCUCCUCUGUUGUCCUGUACUCUUCCGAAGAGUACCGCCAGUACCAGUUCUUUACGUAUUCCGAGUGGCCUGGUGGUCUUUUCAUCAGCCCUUCGAUGUGCGGCAGCCGUGGAGGCGGCCCGAUUGCUGCGGCGUGGGCAUGCCUGCUUUCGCUCGGCGAGAGCGGCUAUGUGCAAUCGGCACGCCUCAUCAUGGACACUGCUGACAAGCUGAGCAACGGGGUGCGCGCCAUCCCUGGUCUGCGUGUGAUUGGCAAGCCUGACGCUUGCCUGGUAUCCUUCCUCUCGACGGAUCCGACUGUGGAUAUUCUGGCGGUUGCCGACGUGAUGGAGGAGACUGGCUGGCGCAUCGAGCGUCAGCGCAAGCCCAGCAGCAUUCAUUUGUCCGUCAUGCCCCAGCACGCCAAGAUUGCCGACAAGUUCAUCAGCGAGCUCGCGCAGGCUGUGAACAAGGUUCGCGCGAAUCAGCAGCUGGCGAAGGCUGGCUCGGCUGCCAUGUACGGCAUGAUUGCGCAGAUUCCCGACGAGAAGCUGAUUGAGAGCUUCCUUGUCAAGUUCAUGGCUCGCCUGUACACUCCGACACGUCCUGCGGAGGGCGGUGCCUCGACCUCGAGCAGUUCGAACUGAGGCUGUUUUGUGUUUUUUGUGUUUUUUGGAUUUUGACAGCAACUUUUUUUGCCCUCUACCGGAUCUUUCGGUGUGUUUGCUCAAUGUCGAAACACAGUUGAAUGGCACCCGUGCCUUCCAACCAUUCAUUGUUGAACAAAGACCAAAACCAACAAAGACCAACACCAACG